AAGACAAAUCCGCCAUUGAUGAAUUUGAUGAAGAUUAUAUUUGAGUUUAUCGCAUCAAUUAAUCAAAGAACCAAUGAACAGAAGAUACCCUUUCCAUGGCAGCAGCACUUUCUUUCUCUCUUUCUCUCUCCUCGGAUCCGCAACCCCAUCAGAGGUUACCUUUCAUUUCCUCGUCUCCAAAUCCUAAAUACCAAUUUUUCCCCUCUAAAAAAUCUAACCGUUUCAAUUUCAAAUCCUCCUCUUCCUCCUCCUCACAAUCCUCCUCUUCAACAACAGCAGAAACAACCAGUGCUUCAUCUACUUAUUCAAAUCUAGAGGAUUCAUUUAAAACAAGCAAGUUUUUGAGCAAUGAAGAGCUUAAUAAGCUUGAAACUCUUCAAAAGUUUAGAUAUUUUCAAGAAUUGGAAAGUGGGUUUAUAUGGGUUCGGGUGAUGAGGCAAGAGGAGAUGGAUAUGACUGUGAAAUUGCUGGCUGAGUCAUUUGCCGAGUCUAUGUUGUUACCUGUUGGGUAUGUUUCUUUGUUGAGGUUCUUAGUGAAGCAGUACUUGAUUGAGAGGAGAGCUGCUUUACCACAUGCUGUUACGCUUGUUGGGUUUUAUAGAGGGAAGGGGGAGGGAAAUGGAGAGGAGGAAAUGGAGGAGGAGUUUGCUGGGACAGUGGAGGUUUGUUUUAAUAAGAAAGGUGCAAAUGAUUCUCCUCCUACGCCAACUCCUCCAAAGAAUUCCCCUUAUAUUUGCAAUAUGACUGUUAAGGAGUCACUUCGUAGGAGGGGCAUUGGUUGGAACCUUCUCAAGGCCAGUGAGGAAUUAAUUUGUCAGAUGAGUAGUCUAAGGGAGGUGUAUUUGCAUUGCAGAAUGAUUGAUUUGGCUCCCUUCAACAUGUAUACAAAAGCAGGCUACAGUGUUGUCAGGACAGAUAAUAUAUUGAUCCUGUUGAUGUUGCAGAGACGCAAACAUCUGAUGUGCAAAAAACUCCCAGUCUUGAAAAAUCCUUCAGAAUUUGAUGUUUCCAACUCUGACAUGGAAAUUUCAUCACAACUGGAUAGGCAGAUGCCAUGACAUUUCUUUCUAAGAUUGGGAUUCAAGCAGUCUCAUCAGGAUACUGUCAGACCAGGUUUUGGUUCCUCAUCCAAUCUGGUUGAUUAUGGCUAGGAAGUUGAUCAGAUCGUGCAAUGUCUCCAUGGUUAUAAUUUGCCAUAAUUGUGGUAGAAACCUGUUGUGUUGCAGGUCAUUUGCUUAAGGUAUCUCCAGUUCUCAAUGGCAACUUGCAGUAAAAAAAAUUCAUGGAAUAUAUAAUAUAUAUAUUUGAGCAUGAGCUUCGAAGAACAUGGAAACAAGGAACAGAGAAAAAAAAAAUGUAAUGUCUUUGGAGUUGGUUCCAAAAACUCAUUGAGACGAGAUCAAUAACAUCAUAGCUUUUAUUGCAAACGCCAUGUUCCCUGUUUGUAAGCACCCUUUGGUUUACAUACAGAAGUCUUCAGUAGGUUGAAAUAAAAUCAGAGCAAAAUGUUGAUGCUAGAUUGAGCCAAAUGUACAAACGAAUGUUUUUUUUGACUGUGGCUUUAUCUCAAUUUCUACUUCUAAGGAUCGUUGACUAAAA